GGCUACUGCUGACCUCUUGGUCUCUGACUCGCCCGGCUGCACAGGCCAGCACCGCCGGCAGCAGUGAGGGGGGAAGGCGGAAUGCCUUCAGAAGGGCGAGAAACCCCCAGAGCCGUGAGGAGAGAAGCUGGGCUGCGUCCCACAGGAGAAAAGGCUUUGGACCGCGCCGACAGGGAAAAAGGAGGUGUUUAUUGAUGGUGCAUCGGGCGCGGACAAAAAAGCUUGCUCGGCAAGGUCUUAUAACUAGAACACAGCGACCAAUCUAAAAUUUUGAGAGGAGGGAAUAACGCAUAACAAACAGCUCAGAUGUCCAGUGUAAAUAAAUUAGGGGUUGAACCCUGACCUCUAAACCAAUCAUUCAAUGUCCAGGCCAGAAUGUUCUGGAUGAGUGGGCAAGGACCCUGAAUAACAGAAAGGCAGUUAGGGAGGAAUUUAGGAAAGAUAAAGUGUAGCUGACGGGACAAUUCAGAAGAGGGAGAGAGAGAAAGCCCGGGCAGAACCAUAAACAGGAAUGGGGGGUACAGGAAUAAACCAACUUAAAACUAAUGCACCCCAACAAUAUCCCCCUCAGCAUCUCUUGGGGCACGAAGGCAAAACAAGUGCUGGUGACCUGAGGGCCAAGGUCAAGAAGAAGCUGCACAAGGCAGAAAGCAUCAAGGCUGCAAGAAUCACUGUCCCACACCAGCCCCAGCCUGCCAGGCUGAAGCAUGUGGUGGAAAAGACACCCUCAAGCUGGCAUCAAGAGAAGAUGGAGUCACGUUUAUACUGGCAAGGAUUGAAGCCCUCAGCUGUAGCUGGUGGAUUAAAACAUGCUGACGAUCCCUCCAUCUCUGGACAACACAGAGAUGAGGAGGAAGAUCCAACUGCCAGGAAGUACCACGUCAGGACACACAAACGGCACAAGAAGAAGGACAGGCAGUAUUGGGUUGGACAUAAUCCGCUUUUCUACCAGGUGCUGAGCCCUGUGAAAGUGGAGCGAAGGUCCAGAUCUGCCCAGGGUCUAAACAGGGACGUGGAUUUUCUCUCUGACCCGUUGGUUCAGAGCCACCCCGCUGUGAGCAGCAGACGAGGAGCCACGGCUGAAGAGAAGCAUUCCUCCAUCGGCGGCCACCUCCUGCUCAUGCCUGACACCCGAGAGGAGGAAGACUCCAUGCUCCUCCAUAAACCUGUGAGACCCCGAAGUGCGGACCUUGCGCCAGUACUAAAAGACCUGGAAACCAAUGUUGAUCAUCACCAGCAGUUGAUGGAGGCACACAAAGGCCUGAAGACAUUCAUGGCCCACGUGGAGCGAGCCCUGAGGAGGGACUGCAGCCUGCCCCAGCUCAAGCAGGCCUGUGCCAAGAUGGUCAAAAAGAUCAGGCUGCUUCUAAAGGUGCUCCAAGAGAGGCAAGAGAACCAGGGAGCCUAUGAUCCAAUGGAGCAGUGUCGUCAGCAAGAGAAAAUGAUAAUUCACAUGGCCUUGGGGAAGGACAAGGGACUCACAGGGAAGCAAAAACUGGAGGUUGUGGUGUACGUGAUCACAUUUCUGGUUUUGCUGUUUUUCUUCGUCUUGGUUUUACUGAUACUGAAGUGUGUCUUCCACGUAAGUCAAUAUCUUGUUUGACACACAGCUGUCUGUCUUGUAGCUGGAGUGC